AUGUCUAAACAAAAUGAACUUAUCAAAAUAGAUUUGAAAGAUAAGGAUAUGAAAAUAAUCGAACUGGAAUCUCAAAUAUGCAAUAAUAAUAUGCAUAAUAAUGAAUAUUCAAACUUGCAUAUAAAAAAUAGUGAAGACAAUAUUAAUGAUGCACAUUCUUUGAAUGAUUCAGUAACAGAUAAGAAAACAAUUAAAAAACAAAUUGUUCUAUUGCAAGAUCAAUUAUUUAUGUUAAAAAAUGAAAUUAAGCAAAUGGAGUGUUUGAAGUCUGAAAAUAUGGAAUUGAACAAAUUAUUAAAUAUGAAAAAACAUAAUAUAAAUGAAAAUGAAAGAAAUAUUGCCAAAUUAGAAAAAAAUAUCGAUAUACUUAAGGAAAAAAAUUAUAAUUUGAAUGAACAAAUUUGUGAUUUAAAAGAAAAAAAUAUAAUGCUUGAAAAGGCUGCACAAUUAAGAAGUGACGAAAGCAACAACACAACUAUUAGCAGUUUUGUCAGUGAUACUACUAUUAAUAACGAAAUAAAAAUAGUGAAGGAAGAAAUAGAAACAUUAUAUAAAAAUAAAAUAGAUUUAUUAAAAUCUAAUUUAGAAGAGAAAACAAACAAAAUAAAUAUAUUAAAUACAUUAUUAAAAACUUCCAAUGAGCAAUCAAUUGAACUUAAUAAGAAAAUAAAAUGUCUAUUAAAAGAAAAUAAAAAUUUACAAAAAAAUUAUGAAAAAUCCAUUAACGAUUUGAAAAAAAUUAAUAUAAAAUAUGAUGAAGAUAUAAUAAAAGGAAAUUCCACUAAACCAGAUAAUAUAAUUACUACUUUCGAUAUAGCUGAUGAAAAAAUUGAAAACGACGCGAUUAAACAAGAUAGCGAAUUUGUUCAGAAAGAUAAUUCAUACAAUUUGAACAAAUUACAAAAAGGCUAUAAUAAUUCUAAUGAUAAAGAUAAUGUAGAAAAUGGUCAUGAUCAAAAUAUGUAUGAAAAGAAUUGUACUGCUAAUUUAAGGGAUUCGCAAACAGAUGAUACAAAUAUAGCAUUAAUUAGUGUAGAUAAAAAUGAAAUGACAGAAGAAAAUCAAGAUAAUUAUAACAGUUUAGAAAAUAAUAAUUUAAAAAUAAAUGAAACGAAUACCAUGUUCAAUAAUAGGAAAGAAAAUAUAUAUACGAAUUUAUUGAAGAAUGAAAACAAAUAUGUUAAUGUAAACAAUAUAUUUGAAAUAGAUAGUAUAAAGGCAAAUUUGCAAAAUAUGUUUAGCAACACCAAUGAAAAUAUGUCUUUUAAUAAUGAACAAAGCUAUACAAAUAUGAAUAAAAUAAAUGCAUAUUCAGAUUCACACAUUUCAAACAAUAUAGAAAAUGUAUAUGCACCAAUAGAAGAUGUAUAUAAUAGAAAUAACUUACAAUUCAUAAGUUUAGAUAAAAACGAUGAAAAUAAUCACAAUAAUUUAAUAAAAAGUAGUGAUAAUGUAAAUAUAAAAACAUACGAGUCUUUAAAUAAGAUUAACGAAUUCGAAAGUGCAAAUAAUGAAUCAACAUUGAAUAAUACUGAAACCGAAAAUAAUUCAACUAAUAAUUUUAAAAACAUAAUUUAUGAAGACAAUAAUACUGCAUAUACAAAUAAAAUCAUUGAAAAUUAUAAUGAUCAAGAUUUGAAAAAUGAUUAUUUAAAUUCGCAAAAAACGAAUAAUAUGAAUGAAAAUAAAUCAAAUGAUAAUAUGGUUAAUGAAAAAAAGAAAAAAGGAGAAGCAUGGAUAAUUGACAUAAAAAACAAUGAAGUUUUCCCAUAUACUAAAAUAGAAAAUCCGGUCUUAUCUGAUGAAAAAGAAGUUAUAACUAAAAAAAAUAGUAAUAAAAAGAAGGGUUUCCAAAAAAAAAAAUCAAAGAAUACCACAGUAAAUGAUAUACGAAAUAAAACAUAUAACAUUGUUAAACGUCCUAAUGAAAGCAUUAAAAUGAAUAAAACUGGAUUUACAAACAAAAAGAAAAACGGAAACUUAUACAUGCAUAAGACAAAUGGAAGUAAAUUAGGUUCACUUGUAAAUGAUAUUUCAAAAUUAGUUAAAAAUAAAAUAAAAGAGGAAUUAAAAGGUAAAAAUAUAUCUAAAGAUAUAACCAAUUUUGAAAUAACAAAAAUUAAAAAAAAAAUUCCAAUAUCAAAAAGUGCUUUAAAUAAUAUGAGACAAGAUACUGCAAUAAUUUCGAGUGACACAUUUUCAUUAUCUUCUGAUGCAUUAAACAGUACUUUUGAGAAAGUAGAUGAAAAUAGUAAGGGUAGUAUUGCUGAUAAAGAUUGUAACGAUCAAAUCAAUAAAGGACCUUCUGAAAAUUCAUUUAAUAACAAAACUGCUUAUAGUGUUAAUUUUGCAAUAAAUGAAAAUAAACAAAAUGCAUAUAUAUCUAACAAUGAUAUAAUUGAUACUAAUAUUCAAAAAAAUUAUAUGAAUGAUUUUAUUAUGACCAAUAAAAAUGAUUAUUCCUUGUAUAAUCCAAGUUAUGUAAAUAAUGAUAUAUUAUUGAACAAUUUCACAUUAAAUCCAAAAUAUAUGAAUGAGUCAAAAUAUUUUAAUCAAAAUUUAAUGGAUAUACAACAACAACUAGUACCUGGCAUACUAUUAAAUGGUGUCAAUGGUUUAUAUUAUAAUAUGAAUUUAAAUAAAAACGAACUAGAUAGUUCAAAAAUGUGCAAUAUUGAUAUUCCUACAAAUAAUAAUAUAAACUAUGAUAGUAUAAGCUAUGAAAAUUGGGUAAAAGCAAACUUGUUAAAUCAAAAUAAUUAUAAUUCAAACACCGAAAUUAUUAAUGAAUAUAUAAAAAAUGCAAAUCCAAUGGUUAAUGGAAUUAUGCAAAAUAAUAUGAGCACAUUUAACGACAUAGCAAAUGGUAAUAAACAUAGUAACCAUUAUAUUUUAGACAAUAACAUGAAUGCUCCUGAAAAGGACAGUAUUAAUUAUAGUAUAAAUAUUAUGAACAAUUAUCAAGAUAUUAUUAAAAAUAUUAAUGAAUGUCCAUUGCCUGACACACUUGAUAAUAAAAUCCUUAAUUCAUUAUCAUUGGGAAAUAAUAAUAGUGAACAUAUCAAAAUUGGUUUUGAAAAUGGAAAUAUGAAUUCAUAUAUUCCUAGUUUGAAUGCAUUAAAUCUAGAAAAUAACCCUACUCUUUAUUUACAAAAUAAUAAUAAAUCUUUAAAUCAGGAUGCUAUAAAUACUAGUGAAGUUGAUAAAAAUGGUCAAACUGAAUUAGCAAAUAAAAUAAAUAAUUCUCAUGCUUCAGAUGCCACUUUAAAUGACCAGAUUGAAAAUGCAAAUAAUAAAGAUGUAGGUAGCAAGACAACAGAAAAAAAACCUUGCAAUAAUAAUACAAAUAAAAUCCAUAACUCAAAAAAUAAUAAAGUAGUAAGCACAAAUAAUUGCCAUGAUAAAAAAAAGAACUUAAUCAAAACUAACACUAGUAGAUCAAAAUCUGUUGAUAUUAAAAAAAAUGAUAAGAAAGGGGAUUUAGUUAAAGAAAAUAAUUUUAAGCGACCAAAGAUGAGAACACAAAUAUUUAAUUAUUCAGAAAACAAAAAUGGGUUAAGAGAUAUGUCAUCUUAUGCUACGAAAGUUUUAGAGGAUAUGAAAUCUCUCAUACCAUCAAAUAUUAGCAGUUUAAAUGCUGCGGGAAAAAACAACCAAGUUGAGAAAAAGUGCUUAAGCUCGGAAAUAAAUAAUAUCAUCACUACCAGUGAAAGUACAAAUGUUUACAAAGAAAAUAAUGAAAAUGAAUUAAACAACUUACAUAAUAAAUACUCAAAAACGGAAAAUGAACAUAUUGUUGAAAGUAAAAUAACCACAUAUUCUGAUUCUGAUAAUAAACAAAAUGAAAAGGAUGAUUGUAUUGAUAAAGAUAGAAGUAACAAUGAUAUGCCUAUUGUGAACAAUGCAAAUUACAACAAAUUUAAUAUAAAUAAUAAUAUGGAUAAUAUAUAUUUUGAUAAUAAGCACAUUUUUCAAUAUAAUAAUGAAAACAUAUCAAAAGAAAAUCGUCAAAAUACAUAUUCCAAAGAUUCAUGCAAUUUAACGUAUAACAAAUUUAAGAGAACCGCAAGUGCUGUUAAUAAUUCAUUUAGAAUUCCUCCCAAAGGGGACAGCAAUUUAUUCCAAUCUGAAACACGAAAAUCACUAUCCAAUUUUCGUGAAGCCUUAAAAAAACAAGGAAUUUUGGGAUAA